AUGGCAAAAAAAAUCUUAGAGAAGUUAGAUAUUCUGGAUGAGCAAGCAAAGACACUCUUGGCCAUAAGAGCAAAGAAAAACUGCCUUCAGAGUGAAGUAAAGAAAAAGAUUUCAGUGAUACCCCUGACAUUUGAUUUUCAGUUGGAAUUUGAAAAGGAUAUUGCUACUUCCAUAUCUGAGGCAGAAUCAAAGAUCACAAAAGACAGAUCAUAUGGCAUUAAAAAAACAAAAAGAUAUGUCUCCUUCAAAAAUAUGCCUGAACCUAAAAAGAGUGAUUUUGAAAAGUCAAAUUUAAGACCACACUUUGUACCAACAAAAAUAAAAAUUCAAGAAAUCAAGUCAGUAGAGCCAGUAGAAGAAUAUCUAAAAUCAAGAUCUAUUAGAUCUUUUCAUUAUCUUAAGGAUACAACUGAGGCGGAACAUGCUCAGCCCUUCCAUGAACUGUAUUCACAGCAUAGACAACAACAAUAUAGAAGAACAUUGGGUUCUACAAUCUUUUCUCCUGUACCCAGCAUUCAGUCUAAUGCUUAUAAGAAUGAAAAAGACUCUAUUUACAGUACAAAAGAAAAUAAAUCCAUCAGAAAUGAUCAAUUAAAUGAGUAUUCAGUAAGAAAGAAAAGCUUGCUCCCCUUGUGCUUUGAGGAUGAACUGAAAAAGCCAAAUGCCAAGAUAAUCGACGUUAGUCCAGCAAAGACAGCAACUUCUUACACGGAACAAAAUGAUACAAAUCCCAUAAUUUUCCAUGAGACUGGAUAUGUACAAAUGAUACUUUUGACAAAAAAUAGGCUUCCUCCCCAUUCUAUGGAAAAUGGAAAUGGUUACCCAUAUAAAAGAUCAAAUAUUGUUUUAGAAAGAAAUUGUGAAAUGCUCAAAUCUGCAGCUAGAAGUCAAUCUAUUACUCCUUCCAAACCCAAAAGAACUCUGCCUACAACACAGAAGAAAGCUAUACAAGCAGUAUCUUUUGAAGUAAGCCGUAGAGUUGUAGAUGAUAAACUAAGGAAGAAAACUAGCAAGCAGACAUUUGAAAACAUAUCUUGGAAUAAACUCUAUAACUUUUCAUAGACUUUUUCCAGCCUAACAAAAAAAUUUGUGGGUUUCCUUGAUAAAACUGUUAUUCAAGAAAUGAGUGCUAAAACUGGCAAAUUUGAAAAAAUGUUUUCUACAGUAAAACCAAUGAGCAAAUUGAGUGCCUCACCUGUCAAAUAUUGCUCAAAGCCUUCAAAAAAUAUACUCAAAGUCCAUAAAAUAAAUAAUGUAACACCAUUGGAUGAUUUGUUAAACCUGUCAAGUAAAAAUUAA